AUGCCCUUCAUAUACCGCCAGACAGGACGGAAAGCACGCUGCUCAACCAAGGCCUACUCAUACUACAGGGCCUUUGAAACGGCGCUCCACAACGCGGUUUUCUCCACAGCCUUAUCGCCCACGGAGAACACAACCACCGACCCGGCAACCAUGGGACGAAAAUCCCAGCGGAUAGCAACAGGUGCAUGCAAAGAUACACAAGACAUUAGCACCAUGCUCCAACACACCGUGGUCCCGAAAAUGGCGGCCACACCCGACCCAGACACCAGCUCCACGUGUUCGGAGCUCGCCAUAGGGGACACCCUAGACCAAUUGCCACCCCAGGGGCACCAGCCACAAAACUAG